AUACAUAUAUUGCGCUAUUGUUUUUGUUUUCGUUGUUGUUGUUUUUGUUUUAACAAACACCAAACGAUGGCCAAGUUAAAUGAAACAAAAAUACCAAUCACCGAAUUUCUGGAGGCCUACAGACGCCAGCCAUGCCUCUAUAAUUCCUUGCUGGACACCUACAAGAAUCGUGUGGCGCGUGAGGAGGCUUACGAGGCGAUAAUCAGGACGCUCAAAAUACCGCAAUUGACUGUGCUCGAUAUUAAAUUGAAAAUCAAAAGCGUACGCACCGUUUACACAAAAGAAUUAAGGAUUUUAAUGCGCGAAAAGGAGCUGGGCAGAUGUUAUGAGCCAAAGCUGUUUUGGUUCAAGCGCGCCGAUUCGUUUCUGCGCGCCGUUUCUCUCUCGCACUGUAAACGCGUCAAGAACAAGGAUGCUGAUGUGGACAAUACAAGCGUAGACAUCAAAAAGGAAGCACCACAAAGAAUGCUGCUCAACGCUACUGCGGAGCUAAUUGAGGAUGCGUUGCAGCAGCGGCAGCAGGGCGAGGAUGAGGAUGAGUUGGAGUCGUCGGUGGGACAGCUGACAGAUGAUGCCUAUAACACAGAGUUGAAUGAGCAUCCAACAAAAACGACCGUCAGCACGGGCACAAACACAAACAAGCCGCCAAAUGCGAGCAGUCAAACGGAUGAGUUGCCCAGCAAUUGCUCCACACGUGCGCCCAACAAAAGCGAACUCAUCAUCGAUGACUCCACGCUGUGCAUCAUGGAACAAGAACAACAACAACAGCAGCAGCAGCAACAGCAGCAGCAGCAGCAGCAAACACAACAUCAGCAGCAACAGCAGACGGCGCCACGUAAAUUAAAGUACAUGACUUAUGGGCAAAAUCAUCAGUCACAAUCCCAGCAGCCACAUCAGAGGCUGUCGACGCCGUUUGCUUCACCAUCGCCGUCGCAGCAGCUGGAGUUGAGCUCAGCCGCAAACCAUGGCGUGUGCUUUACUGGCUCAAAUGGAACUGGACAGGUUGCCGGCAGCGAUGAUGAUUUGUUUGUUUUUGGUCAAAGCAUUGCCUCACAGCUGCGCACAAUACCCGAUCCCUAUUCCCGUUCCGUUGCCAAGCUGCGCAUCCAACAGGUCCUGUUUGAGGCCGAGACGGGACAGAGCAGCGAAGCAGUCAGUCCACACUUGCAUGGCUUUUAGCCAGGACAACUAAAACAAAGUGGACUCUAAGUCAUGAAUAUAUACAGAUGUACAUAAUAAACAUAUUUAUUUAAUUAGAUUAAUUAAUGUACAUUUUAAAUGCAUUAAGCUUUUAGAAUUUUU